AUGGAAUAAUGCGGAGGAAUAAUUAGAAUUAAAUCCUAACAUCCAAAAUUCCUUAGUGUCCUUCAGAGUUUAGAUCCUAUAGGCACUUAAUCGAAAACAUUUCAUUAAUAAAAUUGCACUUUUCACAAAUUUUAAGAAAAUCAUAAUCUGAUAGUUUCAACAGGUUAUGUGAUUGCCAAAUUCGCUUAGGCCAUAAAUUCCUAUAAUAUUAAUUUAAUAAAUUAGCAUAUUAAAUUUAGCUUAUUGUAAUAAGAGGAUAAGGAGAUAAAAUUAAAUCUAAUUUGUCUAAAUUUCGAUGAUUGGAUUGCGGAGAAAUUAAACAAUUGCUUUAUCGAAAUAGAAUUGGGGUUUAUUAUGUAUUUUGAAAUUCCUAACACAAAUGAUAUCAAAUACAUAUAAAAAUAUUGCAGCUCACUUUUGUCAUAAGGGUAGGAAGUCUUAACAAUAAAUUAAUCUCCCUUUUUGAAAGGUAAAGUGAUGCAGAAGUAAUAUUGUCGAAAGGGAUAUGUCUCAUAAAUAUUUACAAAUUAAAAUCAAUAAAAAUAGCUUAUAAUGUUGGGAUUGGUCAGUUAAAUAGGACAAGAAGGUGGAGCUAUAUUUAAUUCUAAAGGAGAGUAUAUAGGGAUUCUACUUUAAAACAUUAAAAUUGCAAGAUUAAAUCAUAGAUAUUUUACAUUUUGCGUUAAUUGGGUAACUAUCAACUCAAUUUUUAAUAAAAAUUCCCCUUAACUCAGUCCUCCUUAUUUCAGAUCUGAUUUCAUAAAUUAAAUACUAAAUGCAACAAAAUACAUAUCCUAAGGGGCUGGUUAAUUUGGAAGUGGCAUCUUAGUAAAUGAUCAAUUAAAUAAAUAAAGCUAUAUAUUAACAGCCAACCAUGUCUUGUCAAAUAAUUUGAAGGGCUCAAAGUUAUUCAUUGGAGAAGAAUAACAUGAGGCGUACAUCUUGGAGGACACUUCAAAUAAUAUGGAUUUUUCUUUAGGAAAAGCAACGAAUUAUAUAUCAUAAGGUUUAAAUAUAGAGGAUGGGGUUAUAUUUUCAGAAGUUCCUGCAGUAGGAUCUACAGUUUACGCUGUCGGGUAUUUAUAUACUCUAUUUUAAUACAAGCCUUGCAUAUCCAAGGGGUCGGUUAUUAAAAUAAUUUAUGACUAAUUCAAUUAGAUGGUGUCAAUUGUAACAGAUUGUUUCAUUCAUAAUGGUUAUAGUGGAGGGGGACUUUAUAAUUAAUAUGGAUAAUUAUUGGGGAUUAUUUCCUUUAAUAUUUGCCAUUCGGUUGAAGGUGUGAUUUGUGAUUUAUCCUAUAUUACUCCCAUUUUCCCAUAUUAACCAGUAUUUUAAGAUCUAGCACAACAAGGAAACCUGUCUCAGACCUCAAAAGAUAAACUCAAACAAGAAAUUAAAUUAGCCUCUGAAAUUAGAACUCUAUGCACACUAAGAGAACUCCCGCAAAUAGGAUAUAUUCCAAAAUUAUGA